GAAAAAUGUAACCAAGUAGGAAAAAUUCCACCGACUUUUCGAAAUUCCUGCGUUGUUGAGAUGUAAAGAAAUUCAUUCAGAGAGUAUUGACUGAUUUCUUUACAGUGGUGAUGAUGGGAACCACGGGCUGCGACGUCUACAACGCAAAUAUAUCCGUUUUGUUUAAUAUCCAAAACAAUGACCUUUGAAAUGAAAUUAAGUUUUUAUAUAUAAUGUUGAAGAUAAGAAAAUGGUGGUAAAUCUGGCAAAAAAAUCUUUUUUCCCUUCCAGUUCCCUGCUUGUCUGCCAUGAAUGACUGUUUCUUCACUAAAAAAAACAAAUAAUUUAGGCCAUAACCGCUUUGUGAUAAUGUUCAGUUCAUAUCCUUUGGACAUCUGGUUCCUAUCACCACCACUGUGAACAGUUCUGACUCAGUAGUGAUGAUCAUGAUGGAAGGGGUGAUUGGAGAUGUGUUCAGGAAGUUCAGCAGCUAUCCUGUGCCGCUUUCUGCAUGUGUCAUUGCUGAGCGGAGCAGCACUAACACCCAAAACCUCAACAUAAUGACCGAGUGGAGUCAGUGUGAGAUGAACAGAGGAGUGAGAUUGCGCUACUGUCAGCAGUGGUCUCUACAGUGUAAUCAAAGGACCCUGGAAAACGCAGUGCCUCUAGGACCAUGCAUAAACAUACAUGGAGAACUGCUCAGUAGUCACUCCCCUUCCGGAGCACGCAGGGUGGUAAUCUGGGAGGCCAACAAUCAUGGUGUGGGACAUCAGUAUCUUGAGGUGUGGGGCUGCAAUGGACUAGAGAAAAGCUUAGACCUCACGGCCCUCAAUAAACAUGGAAAAGUCUAUGACGAUGCGCAGUUUGCAUGUCUAGCUUGGUCACCAUGUGAGGACAAAUUGCUGUACGUGGCAGAGAAGAAGAGGGUGGGCCCUUUAGCACAAGCAUCAUUUUUAUCAGCCAAUGAGAGCAGAGGUUUGGUGGUGCUUGAGGAAGAGGACAAGAAUGUGUAUGUGGAAGACUGGGGGGAGGGUCUCACUGGUAAAAGUGCUCCAGUGCUGUGUGUGGCUGACCUGUCUAAAGGAGAGGUGACUAUAUGCACUGGAGUCCCACCUCACAUAUCACCUGGACAGGCCUUGUGGGCAGGGGACGGCAACGGUCUGAUCUUCUUGGGUUGGUGGCAUGAGCCUUUCAGAUUAGGCCUGAAGUUCUGCUCUAAUCGGAGAUCGGCUCUCUUCUACAUUGACUUGAAGGGAAACUGUGAGCUGCUGUCAUCUGAUUCGGGGUCAGUAUUGAGUCCUCGCCUGAGCCCAGACCGUCUCUGGCUUGUCUAUCUACAGGGACAAGUGUUUGGUCCACACCACCAGUGUCUCAGCAUGAUGCUGUAUGACCUGCAGAAAAGGACAGGCUCAGUGUUGGUGGAUGUUGUACGAAGAGCAGAGAAAGGUCAGUUUGUGGGUGUGUAUGAUUCACUGCCUCUUCAUUGCUGGUCAUCAGACAGUGAAGAAAUCUUCUUUAGCAGUGCCAGCGAAAACAGUAAGUCAGUGUUCUCAGUGGAGAGACGAACUGGAAGAAUAACGCCUGUGUAUGACUGUAAUACAGUAUCACCAGAACAAGAGUUUGGGAGUGCCAAGCUGUUGACGGUAAUGAAAGACCUGAUGGUGAUGUCCUGCUCGUCUCCCAACCGCCCUCCUAGUCUGAUGGUGAGGUUUGUAUCUAACGCAGAGAAUAAAGAGUGGAUUCACCUGGGUGAAACUGGUAUAUGUGAGAGAUUUGAUUGGCAGUCCAUUAUAAUCACGCCCCCACCUGAAGAAGAAAACCAUCAGUUCUCUGGACUUAAUUUCGGGGCAGUGCUACUGAAACCUGAAAGCACUUCCAAGCGUGUGAAGUUUCCUCUGGUGGUCUUCAUACAUGGAGGGCCUCAUUCUCAUUUUGCUGCUGAGUGGAACGUUAAUGCUGCAGCUUUGACGAAACUGGGAUUCGCUGUGCUAAUGGUUAACUACAGAGGUUCCACUGGUUUUGGUCAGGACAGCAUCGAUUCUCUUCUUGGAAACAUCGGCAGUCAAGAUGUCAGAGAUGUGCAGAGGGCUGUGCUGCACGUCCUACAGAGCAACGCGAUUCUUGAUGCUGAUAGAGUGGCCGUGAUGGGUGGGUCUCAUGGCGGAUUCCUGGCCUGUCACCUGAUUGGUCAGUAUCCAGAAUUCUACAGAGCGUGUGCAGCUCGGAACCCUGUCAUCAAUGCAGCCACACUGCUGGGAACCAGCGACAUCAUAGACUGGAGAUAUUCCUCUAUUGGUCUGCAGUACUCCUUUGACCAGCUACCCACUCCACAAGCUCUGACCACCAUGCUAGAGAAAUCACCUAUAACACAUGCUGCUCAGAUUCGCACUCCAGUGUUGCUCAUGUUAGGUGGCAAGGAUAAGAGGGUCUCUCCUUACCAAGGCCUGGAGCUUUAUAAAGCCCUUAAGAGCAGAAACUCACCUGUCAGGUUGUUAUGGUAUGAUGGUGAUGGUCAUUCUCUAUCCAAAGUUGAAACUCAGUCUGACUGUUUCCUCAGUGUGGUACUGUGGUUCAAACAGCACUUAAACAUGCACUGAACCCAGCGUAGCACACUUGAUUAUAAAAUGGAAAUGUCAGUUGAACAGCAUGUUCGGAUACAUCGCAGGGUCAUUCAGAAGCCUGAUUGUAUGGUUACACCAGCCUAAACAUAUUUAAUAUUUACAAUAACCACUAGGUGGCAGGUUUAACACAGGCUUGUCAUUUCUGGUUAGACAAUUUUACAAUACAAAUGUCACUUCCAAAAUUUUGCAAAAACAUUGCCUUUUCAGUAAAUCUCAGACAUUUUGGGAUAUUUCUCUUGUAAUAUUAUGCUGUGAAUUACAAAGACACUGGCAGUUUCUCUUUUUGCUUUAAAAGGCAUAUAACUAUUAUAUUUUAAACGGAUUGUUUAUUUAGUCAAGUACAGAUCUUUAGCAUCACAUUAGCCAUUGUAUUUGGUUGUUUUCAUGAAAUAAACUUGUGCCAAACAGAA